ACUUUCCUUUUACAUCAUGGUUGAGUAUUAUGAAGUCUUGGGGGUCCUUAGAAAUGCUUCGCAAGAGGACAUUAAGAAAGCCUACCGAAAGUUAGCUCUAAAGUGGCAUCCAGAUAAAAAUCCUGACAAUAAAGAAGAAGCUGAAAGGAGAUUUAAAGAAGUUGCUGAAGCUUAUGAAGUAUUAUCAGAUUCCAAGAAGAGAGACAUCUAUGAUCGAUAUGGAAAAGAAGGGUUAACAGGUGGAGGUGGCGGUGGGGGUGGAAAUCACUACGGCAAUCCGUUUGAGUUUGGUUUCACAUUCAGAAGCCCAGAUGAUGUAUUCAGAGAUUUCUUUGGAGGACGAGAUCCAUUUUCAUUUGAUUUAUUUGAUGAUCCCUUUGAUGACUUCUUUGGCAACAGAAGAGGCCAAAGAGGAAGCAGAAAUCGGGCUGGAGGUCCAUUCUUCUCAGCUUUUGGUGGAUUUCCUGGCUUUUCCACUGGCUUUUCUCCUUUUGAUUCAGGUUUUACUACAUCAUUUGGUUCCAUUGGACAUGGCGGCUUCAGCUCAUUCUCCUCUUCGUCAUUUGGGGGAUCAGGAAUGGGCAACUUCAAAUCGGUUUCCACAUCGUCCAAAAUAGUUAACGGCCGGAAAGUUACUACAAAAAGGAUUGUUGAGAAUGGUCAAGAACGAGUCGAAGUUGAAGAAGACGGCCAGUUAAAGUCCUUAACAAUUAAUGGUAAGGAGCAGAUGCUACGCUUGGAUAACAAGUAAAAUUCAACGCACGCAUGUAACAGAAAUAUUAACCUAAACAAGCACCAUUUGUGGAUUAUCAGGAGCAUUUUUGAAGAAAUCUAAAGAACUGUUCAGAGUGUAUCUGUACUUAAUCUAAGACCCAAGUAAAAGAAGCUCGUGGAGAGUUUCUCUUAUUUGUCAGACGCUCAGUUCUGUUUUUGGGACCACUCUCAUAGGACCAUACGAUCUUUCCCCCCCCCUUAAUAUUGUAUGUUUCUGUUUGCACUUUUUAAAAGUUUACCUUGAAUUUGCCAUGUGGGCCACUGUAGCACAGUGCACCAGGGGAGCCCUUUGGCAGCCGUGAGGGUUGAACAAGAAGUGAGCUGUGAUAUUUCAUUUGUGGUUGAACGCAGCGUUCACUAACCGCAUGACUCCUUUUUACUCAUUUUGUGUAAAAAUGUGAACAAAGUGUUAGCUGUCCACCUUGCUUUCAGUCCAACUUUCCCAGCAAAACACGUAACAGUCUGGACUCUCAUCUUCCUAAACGAGAGGAUGUAAAACGAUGCAUUUCCAGUUUUCAUAAUUUCAGGGUUUUUUUUUUCCCCUUUUAUUUGUUUGUGCAUGAGUGCUGACAUUUUAGCACUUUUUUGCCAGUUAUUGUGUAAUUUCAGCAAGAAGACUCUAUUUUGUCAUUUGCUAAAAGUUGGAUAUGAAUAAAUGCUGAUGUUUGUAGUG